AUGUUUUUAACUCGUCAGGCACUGCAACAAUUGACCCGCAAUUUAAUAUCCACAUCACGGGUUCAAAAUGGACGUUGCCUUUCUGCCAAGGCUCAGGAAGUUUCACAGGAAGGUGAAAAUCUCUCAGCCUCCGUUCAGGGAUCCGAGCAAAUGGUUAUUGUCCAAGAAAAUGAUUUACCACAAGCUGAGACAAUGAAAUUCCCAGGUGUUUGGUUACGCGACAACUGCCUCUGUGAUCAGUGUUUCCACAAGGACUCGUUGAGUCGUAAGCCCAUGCGUUGGUCCAACUUCGAUUGUGACGUUAAGGUGGAACAAAUUACCGUCGACGAUAAGAAAAAUGAAAUUCACAUUAACUGGUCGGAUAAACAUGAGUCCACAUUCUCUUUGGAUUGGCUCAAGGAACGUAACUUCUCUAAGGAAAAUCGUGAAAAAUUCCUUCGAGAAUGGUAUCGCCCACAGACGAAGACAUGGACUAAAGAGGAAUUUUCGAAAAUAUUCAAAACUUUCCAAUACAAAGAUAUUAUGGAAAAGGAUGAAGUUCUCAAGGAAUGGUUGGACACAUUGGCCGUGUGGGGUGUCAGUAUGCUGAAGAAUGCCCCUCUUGAUCUUGGUGUAAUGAAAGCUCUUGCCAAUCGUAUUGGCUUUAUUAGAAAGACAACAUAUGGUGAACAAUUCAGUGUCAUUUCGCGUCCUGGUGCCAAAAACUAUUCCUAUCUCUCUGCCCCACUGCCAUUGCACACAGACUUGCCCUAUUAUGAAUACAAGCCCAGUGUUACUUUGUUACACACCUUGGAGCAAUCACAAUCGGAAGGUGGUUGGAAUACCCUCACAGAUGGUUUCAACAUCGCCAAUCAACUGAAAGAGAAACAUCCCGAAUAUUUUAAAAUUUUAAGUGAAACCUUGGUCGAUUGGAGUGACAUUGGACAAGAUGAUGGUGUUUCAUUUCACAAUAUGUGGAGGGCUCCCGUGAUAAACUUGGACAAAGAUGGCCAGUACACGCGCAUCAAUCACAGUGUUCCUCAGCGUGACACCCACUUCAACAUUGACGUCGAUAAGGUGGUACCCUGGUACCGUGCCAAUGCCACAUUCGUGCGAUGGGCUCACGAACAAGUUGUGACCUUUAAGACCUCCCCCGGUGAUAUUCUGACAUUUAAUAAUCUUCGUAUUUUACACGGUCGUACCGGUUAUGAUGAUAGCCAAAAUAAUGUCCGACACGUUGUUGGUGGUUUUGUCGAUUGGGAUAUUGUCUAUUCGAAAAUGCGGGUACUCAAGAAGAGUUUGGAACAGAAAACGCAAGAGUAAUAA